AGCGCAUAGGCAGAGCACAGGCGCUACACAUACACUAGGCGCAGCUUGAUUUUGGUUAUUGUUAUACGUGAGAAAUACAUGUAGUGUAUGCGGUCCAUGUAGUGAAGGCAGUGUGUGUGUAAUUUUGGCUGCAAGAAGUACGCUGGCGCAGCGCAGGCAAAACAGGGUGACCUUCCGAUUAAUGUUCCAUUCGGAACUGCCUGGCUGGGAGGAGAUUUUCGUCAAAAAUUCGUGAGAAAUUUGCAAUUGUUCUUCUUUCUGACGAUGUCGACGCCUGAGAAAAGAUCAUCUGGAACUACAGUGAGAAGAUCAGCACGAUUGAUUGAGAAAAAACCAAGCACUUCUUUGUCGAAUGAAUUAGGCAGCAACUCCAAAAUCCGCACAUCUUGCCCACACCACGACCAAUCACAGCAGCCCUACAGCCUGAGGCGAAAGGCGGCAUCAACUCUAUGCUCUGGCAGAUGGGACUUGAGUUCAUCACCCGGGUCAUCUCCCAUGACGAGAGCCAAGCGAUCAAGGCUUUCCAGUCACACAGACACUCAAGGAUCAGGAGGGACGACAGGAGAUGACAAUUUCCUGGAGUCGUUGAUGCCAGAUGAGAUCCUCAUCAAAAUCCUGUCCUACCUCCUCGAGAAGGAUCUAUGCAAUGUGGCGUGUGUCUGUAAGAGGUUCAACACCCUUGCCAGUGAUCUCACUCUAUGGAAACGCCUGUACCAGUCUGUCUAUGAGCUGUCUCUUCCCCUCCUGCGACCAGGGCCAACAAAGUUCAAAUUUGUCCAACCAGACAAGCUAGAUGUGCCAAACAUAUGGAAAGAGAGUUUCAAAACAUUGUACUCUGCUGUCCAUGUCAAGCCAGGCUAUGCCGCGUUCAUGCACGAUUCUCCUGAACUGUUCAAGGGCCGUGAUAUCCAGUACUACGACACGAUAGACGAGGCCCUGUCGUCUGUCGAGGGCAACGAGUACACCCUCAUCUUGGUGCACGAGGGCGUUUACACAGGAGAAUGGCUGUACAUUGACACGCCUGUCUGCAUAUUAGGAGCUGCUCCUGGACACAUUCCAGACAGUGUGAUCGUAGAGAACAGCAAGGAGUCUACGUUUAGGUUCAUAGAAGGCUGUGAAGAUGCAUAUCUUGGUUACAUUAGUAUUAGGUUCAAUCCCGAAAGCAACUCCAAUCAACCGCAUCACAAACACUCGUGUGUUGAGGUUGAUGCCAACUGCUCGCCAACCAUUGAUAGCUGUAAUAUAAGGAGUAGAUCACAAGUGGGUGCUGCAGUGAGUGUGAGUGGAAGGAGAGCAUCGCCCACCAUCAAGAACUGUGUCAUCAGUGAUUGCGAAAAUGUAGGACUCUUCAUCAACGAUCAUGCAGAGGGUCUUUACCUGGACAAUGAGAUCAGCGGCAAUGCGCUGGCUGGUAUCUGGGUCAAGAACUACGCAAACCCCAUCAUCAGGCGCAGUCAUAUUCACCAUGGCAGAGAUGUGGGUGUCUUCACGUUUGACAACGGCAUGGGUUACUUCGACCGAUGUGACAUCCACCACAACCGCAUCGCCGGCUUCGAGGUGAAGGCCGGAGCUAAUCCUACCGUCGUCCACUGUGAGAUCCAUCAUGGUCAGACCGGUGGGAUCUAUGUCCAUGAAAAUGGGAGAGGCGAGUUCAUCGAGAACAAAAUCCAUUCCAAUACCUUUGCUGGAGUCUGGGUGACGUCAAACAGUGAUCCAACGAUACGGGGCAAUGAAAUAUUCAAUGGCCACCAAGGAGGCGUGUACAUAUUUGGAGAGGGGCGUGGCCUGAUCGAGCACAACGACAUUCACAGUAACGCACUCGCAGGGAUCCAGAUCCGCACCAACAGCAAUCCCAUCAUUAGGAACAAUCGUAUUCAUGACGGCCAGCAUGGCGGAAUCUAUGUGCAUGAGAAGGGUAAAGGACUGAUCAUAGAGAAUGAGGUUUACAGCAACACAUUGGCUGGUGUGUGGGUGACAACAGGGAGCUGUCCGGAGCUCAGGAGAAACAGGAUUCACAGUGGAAAACAGGUUGGUGUAUACUUCUAUGACAAUGGUCACGGCACGCUAGAAGACAACGAUAUCUUCAAUCAUAUGUACUCUGGUGUUCAGAUCAGGACAGGUAGUAAUCCCAUCAUCAAGAGGAAUAAGAUCUGGGGAGGCCAGAACGGUGGUAUCCUUGUCUACAACGGAGGUCUGGGUGUAUUGGAGCGUAAUGAGAUCUUUGACAAUGCUAUGGCCGGUGUAUGGAUCAAGACGGAUAGCAAUCCUCAUCUUCGUUAUAACAAGAUACACGAUGGGCGGGAUGGUGGCAUCUGUAUAUUCAAUGGUGGUAGAGGAAUCCUUGAGGAGAACGAGAUCUUCCGUAACACCCAAGCAGGCGUCCUCAUCAGCUCUCAGAGCCAUCCCAGGCUCAAGCGUAACAAGAUCUACGAUGGUCUGGCAGCGGGCAUUGAGAUCACCAACAAUGCCAACGCCUACCUGGAGGGUAACCAUGUCUUCAAUAACAAGUUUGCUGGCAUCUGCCUUGCCACAGGGGUCAACCCAGAGAUGAAAGACAAUAAGGUGUAUGGUAAUAAGAAUGCCAUUGAGAAAGCAGUCAAGUGUGGCAGGUGCUUGUACAAGAUCUCCAGCUAUACAAGCUAUCCCAUGCAUGACUUCUACAGGUGUAAGACGUGCAACACGACAGACAGGAAUGCCAUCUGUGUGAACUGUAUUAGAAGGUGUCAUGCUGGUCAUGACGUGGAGUUUGUCACGCAUGAUAGGUUUUUCUGUGAUUGUGGAGCUGGGACAUUGUCACUGCAGUGCCAACUGGCAGGAGAGCCGACCAAGGAUACCGAUACGCUAUACGACUCGGCCGCGCCCAUCGAAUCGCACACACUCAUGGUCAACUGACAAGACUAUGCACAUUGAAACUGAACAAAUGACUUAUCAAGACCAAAAUUCAGAAGGAGAACCCUUAAAGCAGAAGGAGGAGAGAUGUGUUUGGAAACCCUGAACUCUUCCAGGAUAAACGUUGGUUGGUUACCCAUCAAGUGAUGAUUAUUGUUUGUUCCAUGCCAAAGUUUUGUUGUACAUUGACCAAGGGGAGAAACUGUUGUUGGAGGUUGCUGGAUUGGUUGGAGGAUAGGCUCUGUAUAAGGUGGAGCGCAUUGGAGAAUGUGACUGGGCUCGAGUGUCUCUGCCUCUACCGGAGCGGUUGGAACGAUGCAAUGUGGUCUUUGAAGAUCAUCAAAGAAGUCUUUGGUGUAGAGGUUCACCCCAUUUGAGAGUACCGUCAAGAAUUCAUCAGUAAGACUUCCCUGCCUGAAAUUUGAUGAAAAUGCCAUAUGGAUAUGGAUGCAACGUAUCGCUCAUCUUACCGUACAGCCACAGCAGGACUCAUUUGUAACCUGUUACUUGAUAACCAAACUGAAGGGGCUGAAGUCAUCCUAUAAGUUAUCGUCCCUCAGCGUAUUAUUUCUUUUCACAUAAGCCGUGAUGUUCAAAGGAGCACAUGGACAAGACGUAUGUGAUGAAAGUCGGAGUAUGUUGAAGGAAGAAGGCCUUUCACAAUUAAGUGCCGGCAGACUUAUUGGAUCAAUUCGCUGUAUGCAAUCAGGAUGUGACCUUUGAACCCUGACCUGAGAAAGGGGCGCAGAUCAAGAUUCCUCACACCUCAAUAUCCGCAGCAAGUAGAAGCUUGUUGAAUGUAUUCUUCGGAGUCACAGGCAAGGAACCCAAACCCAGCCCAACCCAGCUCUACCAAGUAUCUGUUACAGUCACACCAGUGGAUUCAUACAACUCACUUAUUGUUUAUUUGGUGGUUAAAUGUGAUCAAAGAAAGAAGAAAAAAAUGGAUGAAAAAAAAAGGAGGUGCCUAAGAUGUUUUGUCUAAAUUGUCAAGUGUCAUUGAGUAGUGAAUAGAAUGUGUGCACCCAUGUUUUGUGUUGAGUAUGGUUCGUGCUUGUUGUUCAAACCGAGGGAGAUUCGAUCUCCUUUGAGAAUGUCUCAUUUUGAUAUGAAGUACAAAGAAAUUAUAUUCCUCACACCAAAUCAGUUUGUGAAAGGAGUAUAGCAGAAGACAUUAUCCUGCAGACUAUGUUAUUUCUUCAUUAUUUCAAUGUAGAAAUAUUUGUUAAUGAAUCUUGACAUAUAUUUGCAUGAUACAUUCAUUUGCCAUUUAGACGUGUAGACUAUUAUAGAACAUUAACAUUUUUGUCAUGGGAUGGACUACUAACAUUGUUUUAGAAGCAACGCUUUCAAAUGUUUGCUUUUUGUUGCUUUUUUUACAAGGAAUGUUCAUUUGUUUUCCACCAGAGAAGUAUCUGUAAUCAAUGUCCAAGUGAAGAGAAAUAGCAUUCUUAUGUUUUCUGUCAAGCGGGUGGAAGAGAAUAACAAAGGAAGAAAGAAUAUGUUAAAAGUUGAGAUACUAUAUUUCUAUAAAUAUAUAUUUAUCCAUAUUUAUGCUGCAGAGUUGAAAACUGCCAAAAUCAGAAUCAUGGAACCACAUAAGAUGAUCAGAAGUCGAGAGACAUCCCUGACUUAAUUUGAGAGGAAUUGCAGAAAGUUAAAAUGUGUGAUUAGGCCCUUGUUAAGUUCCUUUAUAUUGACUUUGUCUGAACACUUUAAUUGGCUAUGCUAAUUAAAAGGAUAUGUUAAUUAGAAAAAGAACUACCUAAUGAAAUUCACCUUAAUGUGAAAAAAUGAUAUCGUAAGAAAAUGCUUUAAUAUAUGUUUAACAGGUCAGUGUGAUACCCCUGUCACAACAUUUAUCAACUCGACACUGACCAACAACAAUCAACAAAUGCCAUUCAGGGUAAUGUUAAUGUGAAUCAGGUCUGUUGUUAGUCUCAUCUGUGUGACCUGGGUAUUUGAGAUACUUUCCACUUGCUUAUUUUAAGAAUGGUAGGUACAAAGUCAGUCAUUCAACGAAAUGAACUUGGUUCCAUUGCGCUUGACGGGUACCUACAGCCAAGCCUGCCAUUUCAUGUGACCGAACAUGACUUAAUCAGACAAUUUUGAUGAACUUAGGGUCUUCCAGAACGUUUCUGUGAGAAAUAGAGAUUAUUCUGAUCUCUGAAAGUAUUUGCGAAAUGACAAUCUAUCGAUCAAGAUAUGGGGGAUUUAUGAUGAAGAUAUAUGCACCAUUUUCUGCCACCUUCCAUAGUCCUGUUUAGUCCUAUUAUUCACUGAUAACAAGACAGCAGCAGAAAAUCAGGAUAAAGGACCUUCAGUAAACUGCCUACAUUUAUGUCCAUGUUCAGAUAGGCCUGCAUUCUGGCUUGCCCAAUGCAAUAUAUGAAGCACCAAGUGUUGACCUCUUUUAGUUAUUAUACAUUUCUGUUUUUCUGUAAUGAAUAAACAAAGUGACUUUAAGACAUGAAAUGAAAAUGAGAAACCAAUUUUUGGACAAGGCUUUCAUGUAUUCAUGUAGUUACAGAAUUAUGGUUAUAUUACAGGAUUAAAGAGGUUUGCAUCUGUUACUCAAUAAGUCAUUGGACUAAUUCUAUCCACUUUAAUAGUCAGGAUUUAAAACUCAGUUAAGGCUAGUACACUUUUUUUAAUACUAGUACCUAAAGUCCUGGAUGCCUAAUGAUAGGUAAUGAGUCCAUUGCUUCGUAAUAAAAUUGAAUUCUCAUUGCUUCCCUUCGAUAACUAUAGCUGCAAAAGUAUAAAGGUGUGUGUUUUUUAUAAGCUGAAUUGGGAUCCACGCAUGUGUGUAAAUCUCAUUUCUAGAGAAUUCCCAGAAAUCAACUCAAAAGCCAAUGAUGAUUUAAAUUUAAAGUUCAAUUAAUGCUAGAGUGUCUGAUGUAUGCAGAUCAAGAGUGUAAACUAUGACAUCAUUAGAUGAAACAGCUUUGCCAAUAUUUUGGUACAGCACAUUGCCACCUUCAUCACAGAAUGUAUAUUUUCACCAGUGUAUAGAACUGAAGUCAACAGUAAUAUGUAAAUUGUUGAUGAGAUGAUUUGAAAUUUAUACAACUCUUUUUUUUUUCUCAUGUUGGGUUUUUUGCAGAGAGCAGUCAUUUAUUAUUCAAAGCUUUUCUGGCCAAUGGUAUAAUGUAUGUAAAUAGAAAACCCUAGCUCAGGUUAUCGUAUCUUAUUUACAAAAACUUCACUACAGUCUCUUUUCCCCUUCAUUUUAUUUAUCAUACAUUUUAUUAUUAUAAACUCUAUGAGUGGGCCUAUCGUAGUUCGGAAAAUCUUACUAAAUUCUGCCAAAAGUAGGAACAAAUCUGAACUUUCAGAGGCUGUGAAUUUUACUUGCAUGAUACUUGAACAGGAAGAAAUAUCUGUUAAUUUCAUGAAAGUAUGAAAACUUGUUAUUUCUUGUUAAAAAAACAUUUGAGCAAUGAGAAAAUGGUAUGAUACAAAUUGAGUCAAAUCAAGAAUUCUCAUUUUUCAAAUAUUGUAUCGUAAAGAACAAAAAUGAUGAAAGAAUACCCAAACUUCUGUUUAAGAAAGGAUAACAUUCUGAGGCUAAAAUCAUUUUAAAGAUGGAAUAAUAAUAGAGAAAUUAAUGCAAAUUGCCAACGAUUUUUAAAUGCUAGUGAACCUUAUCCCUUAGCAAUUUUCCAAUUUGAAUCGAAUACCGCAUUUUCUCUAUUUGAAUAAUACGAGUCAUACAGAGAGAAUGUCAUGACAUUUCACUCAGGAGGUCGCGAUUUUAAAUUUCGCUGCUUCCCCCCCCUCCCCCCCCCCCCCUUUGCUGUUGCCAAUGUUAUUUAUUAUUUAAAUAGUAGAAACUAUUUGUUAUUUGUUAUGGUGCUAAUUCUAGAAGGUGACAGCACAUAUUUUUAGAGGCAUUCCAUGGGGAAGGGAGAGGGAGAGAAUGAAAAGAAUGAGUGAAAAGUAAUUUGUACAGUUAAUUUUAAUUAUUUUUUAUGUUGAGCAUCGAGGGAUGGUAUUCUUGAAGUCUGUUUUUCCUGUUUUCUUUUGAUUGUUAAAAGCUUUUGAAUCUGUUGUUCCGUCUGAUUUUUUUUAUGUGAUGUGAAAACAGUGUUUAAAAAAAGCCUUGUUAACAGUCUAUCUUGAAAUGAAAAUGAAAUCUUUUGUUUACAUUUGAUGAAAUGUAUUUUUUUUUUUUAAAUAGUUGAAUAUUGUUGGUAGAUUGGUCGGUAUAAGUGUUGGUAUUGGAAAUUGUUCUGUCAAUUGAGAUGGUCUUUUUUUUCUUGUAAUAUGUUUUUUUAAAUAAAAUAAAUAAUAAUAUUUUGUAUAUGGUUUAUAACCGGAACAAAAUGGCCGAUGUUGAAUACCUGUUUAACAUUUUAGACCAUAAACACCUUCAUGGUAUCCUAAAGCACUGCCUGCGUUAACCAGAAAUGCCAAUGUACCGCAAUAAGCUAGAACACUCUUUCCUAUGACGUGACAUAAGUCCGAAAACUUGUUACAAACUCAUUGUUUGUCCUGUGAGUUGACUUGAAACUUAUAGCAAAGCUCAACAAAACAACUCAGUCCAUCAGAUCAAGGGAAAGUUUAUUCUUAUUCUUCUUGAAUACUGUUAGUCAUGCUCAGACAUAACAUGGUAAGCCAUCUUUUUUUUUUAAAGAGCUGUGGCAACAUAAAUUUUACGCGCAAGUGAAUAGUUGGCAUAAAGAAAAAAAAGUUGCUGCACGCUAGUUUGCAAGCACAAACCUUUGUCAGUCGUUGUGCGUAAAAAUGUAUGCACUGUGAGACUAUGACGACUACAUUGUCUACUGCACACCAUAGGCUCUUUACUUCAGCUGCUUCUGACAAGGCCGAUUGAUAGAGCUUAGGCUCUGAGCGGCUAACGUAAUCCGACCAAAAUCACUUACACUGAAUACCCGAUCUCCGAAUAUAGAUCAUCUUAAUUUGUUUAUGUUUUUAAUCUUGUAAUUCCAGCAAUAAUAGAAGUAUCGUUUACUCUUCUCUCGCAACAACUCUUUUUCUGUCUUUUUCUUUUGUAUAGUAAACAUGUUCAGAAGAUUGCAUAGUUUUUAAUUUAAUUUUUUAACAUUUCAUUUUAAUAGAAGCUUGGUUGGUUCUGCUAUCUUAUGUUAUGUCUUAUCAUAUGUAUGUUUUGUGUAAUCAGCUGUCCAGAACCUGAAGUAUUCAUUCUUUAAAAUUGUCUAAUUUUUUUUCUCACUAUGCCAUGCACUAUGUACACACACACAAUUAGUAGGAACGUUACUGAAUGAAAACCUCUUUAAUCUCAAUUCCCACAUGAAAAAUGAAAUGUGAAGGAGGUUUCAUUCAUAUCCUCUUGUAAUAAAAACAUUGCAUUCACUACUGAAAUGCUCAAAAAGAAGGGAGCUGUUUUCCUCCCUCUUUUCUCCCUCUCUGUUGUACAAAGAAAUUUGUAAAUGGUGUUGUAGAAUGCUCCAUUCGUUGGUUUACGAUCAAUAUGCAAUAUAGUUACUAUUUAUGGGCCAUCAAUUUUUUUUUCUUCAUGUUAUUUUUUUUUUUUUAAAUCUUCAUUUGUAGAUUGUGAUAUUAAUACUACCUGAAAGAAGCCAGAUUCACUCCCAUUGUAUUAUACACAUCAUUUGAUGACAAAAAAGUAAAAAAAUAAAAAAAUGUGGGCGACCAGGUGUCGUUUAACUCACUGUGUAGAGAAGCACCAAAUAAAAUCUGGUUGCCUCAUGCCUUUCAAA